AUGGCGCCGCUCUCAGACAGCCUCACUCUGUGGGCGCUGCUGCUGCCGCCAGCAGCGGGACUUCUCUGGGCUGCUUAUCAGGCCUGGAGAAUUUCCCAAGUCAAGCUUGAGGGGCCUCCCGAGGGCGACAACAAACGCCUCACCGACCGCCUCUACGUCGAAGCAGCUAGCAGCGUGCAGGAGCAGCUGGAGUCGAUGAAGACAAUUGCGAAGAACAUCGCGGAAGGCGCCGACACUUUUCUUCUCCAGGAGUUCCGCUACAUCCUCGUCUACGUCGUGGUCUUCUCCGCAGUCCUUUGCUUCGCCAUCGGGCCCUGGACGAUGGUGGCGUUUGUGGUGGGUUGUUUGACGUCGAUGCUGAGCGGGUACUUGGGGAUGAAGAUUGCGGUGUACACAAACCUGCGGGCCUGCCACGAGGCCUGGGGGGAGCUGGGAUCGUUGGGAUCGUCUUUUGGGAUCGCCUUGCGGGGUGGGAUCGUGAUGGGGUUCGGCCUCGUCUCCCUCGCGCUGUUCAGCCUUCUCGGCCUCACUCUCUUCUUCAGACUUCCCGCAGUCUUCGGGCCCAGGCCCGAGGACCAGGCCGCCCUUUUCGAGGCCCUCGCCGGGUUCGGGCUGGGGGGCUCGUCGAUAGCGCUGUUCGCGCGGGUGGGCGGCGGCAUCUUCACGAAGGCGGCCGACGUGGCCGCCGACCUCUGCGGCAAAAACGCCUUCGGACUCCGCGAAGACGACCCGCGCAACCCCGCCUGCAUCGCGGACAACGUGGGGGACAACGUGGGGGACGUGGCGGGGAUGGGCGCGGACCUCUUCGGCUCGCUGGCGGAGGCGUCCUGCGCGGCGCUGCUGCUCGCGGGCGCCUCCGUGGGGCCCUGCAGCAGCAGCAGCAGCAGCAGCAGCAGCAGCGGCAGCGGGGGCGGGGUGGAGGGGCUCGCGCACAGCUUUUCGGGGCUCAUGUUUCCCGCGGCGGUCUCGGCGUCGGGGAUCGUCGCGGGGAUCGGCUCCGUGCUGCUCGUCCGCGCCUGCGUCCCCGCCAAGUCCUUCUCCGGGGUCGAGAAGUCCCUCAGGAGUCUCCUUUACGUCGCCACGCUCCUCGAGACGCCCCUCGUGCUCCUCGCGGCCUACUACUUCCUGCCCCCCGAGUUCGCCCUCGCCGCCCCCGGGAUCGCCCCCGGGAUCGCCCCCUUGAGGGACUUUGCCCAGCAAGAGCUGGGUGGGCCCCCGGGGGUCCUGAGCAAGCUUCGGGUCUUGGGGACGCUGCCGCUGCAGCAGCAGCAGCAGCACGAGCUGCAGCACCAGCAGCGGUACCAGCACCAGCAGCACCUGCACCAGCAGCAGCAGCAGCAGCAGCAGCAGCAAAAGCAGCAGCAGCAGCAGCAGCAGCAGAGUUUCCCAAUGGCGCAGCAGGGGCCCAGGGCUCCAGAGAGGGGCGCCCGUUUGUUCCUGGCCAAUCUCUCUUACGAAGUGACGGAGGCCCACAUCUCCCAGGCCCUCCAGGGCUGCCCGGGUGUUACUUACGUUGGGAGGGCCCCCGACACUCAGCGCAGCAGAGGCCACGGGUAUGUGGAAUUCGCCAGUGAAGAAUUUGCAGCGCAGGGCCUCGAGCGGCUGCAGGGCCUAGAACUCAGAGGAAGACCCAUUCGAGUGGACUGGAGUGAACAGGGGCCCCGCCGGAAGUUCCACCCAAGUGGGCCCCAGGGGGGCCCCCACGGGGGCCCCCAUGGGGGCCCCCAUGCGGGGGCCCCUAGAGAGGGUACUGAGGGGGCCCCCUCUACUGUUGGUUUAUUUGAUUCAAGUGGCUGUUUAACUCCAGCAGCUGUUGCGGCUGCUGAGGCUUUCACUUUGGGGGACCUCGAGCAGCUGCUGGAGGAGCUGCGGCUGCUGCUACCUUCUACGGGUUCGCUGCUGCAGCAGCUGCUGCAGCAGCAGCCGCUGCUGCGUGCUGCGCUGCUGCAGGCGCAGCUGCUGCUGCACCGCCACAGCCACAUAGAUGUUUCCGGCGUGACAGCAGCAGCAAUUCAGCGAGCUGAAGCAGCAGCAACGCAGCAGCUGCUGCUGCAGUGCAGGGCCCUGAGGGCCCCCACUUUGAGGGCCCUUUCUGCUGCAGCGCCGCAGCCAGCGGCCCUCAGGGGCCCCCAGGGGCCCCCUGCUGCGCUGCAGCGCCAAAAGAGAGCAGCAAAACAAGCUGCUGCUGCGCUGCAGCCAGCAGCAGCUCAGCAGCAGCAAGAGCCCCGCAUCUCCGUGAACCCGCCUUCAGGGCCUGCAGCGUGGCGAGAGCCAUCUGCUGCUGCUGCUCCUGCUGCUGCUGCUGCUCCUGCUGCUUCUCUUACUCCUGCUGCAGCAGCAGAUAGACUUGGGGUAGGGGCCGGCGGGCUGUCGCUCUCUCCCCUCACCCCCGAAGCCCCCCCAGCAGCAGCAGCAGCAGCAGCAGCAGCAGCAGCAACACCAGUACCAGCAGCAGCAGCAGCAGGGAGUUACGGGGAGGACGCGAUGAGUUUCGGGUGUCGCCAGAAGCGCAAGGCGGAGGAGGAGCUGCUGCAGCCGCCGCAGCAGCAGCAGCAGCAACAGGUUGCUGCUGCUUUGACGGCCCCCAGCAGCAGCAGCAGCAGUUUGAAUUCAAAAGAGGGGAAUUGGCUGUCCGAAGAAGAGGCGAGGGCCCCUCCUGCUGCAGAGGCUUUAAUAGAUGAGCUGCUGCGGUCUCAGGGGCUUUUGGAAAAAGUGCUGCACAUAACGCAUGCAGAAAUGGCCCAUUUGGAGCCGCAGCACCGGCAGCAAAUCUUUUCGCUGCGGCGGGCGCUGCGGGCCCGCGGUCUGCUGCAGACUUAG